GUAAAGAUGAGUUUUCACCGUGGUCCCGCCGUUGGUGAUUCGCUCUGAAUGAAGAGGGAGUGCUACAACUUGUGUGUGAGAAGAAAGUUUCCAACAAAGUUUUCAGCGGCAAAGUUUCCUUCGAGAAGUGAACAACUUUUGGCUUUGGGUGGUGAAACUGCAACCGAAAAGUUUUCAAAAACUCCUAAAACUUUUGCCCGGUUCCGCGAGUAAAAGUUUGACGAACACACAGUUUUGAGAAAAGUUUGCGCGAGUGAAGGCGGCAGGGAGGCAAAAAAGACAAUUAUUUUUGGCUGCCCGCCAUCGAGGACGACGACGAAGGGUGGCGGUAAUCUUGCGAGAAGUUGUUUGUGGGUAAUAAUCAAGGGAACGAAAAGUUUCCUGCACACUACUGCCCCCCUUCGGUGCGAAGGAACCGGUGAGACGCCCAUCGAAGGCGCGGGAAAAAGUUUUUCCCGUCAAUUUGCAAGUGGAAAAUCAUCGGGUGCAGCAGCGAGUCAAGGACGCGGACGCGUGGCGGACAAGUUGAAGUAAUUAAUUUAAAACAAAUCAGCAAGCAAGUUCCCCCCGGGCGGGGUGAGAGUGCGUUGUGUGGUGCCGAUUGUUGUAACAAUAUCAUGAUCGGAGGUGUUUGAGGGAAAACUUUCUUGUCGGAGAAGAGUUGUGAUCAAGGGGCUACUGUGGCACGCUCGAGGUAGGAAAGGUGAAACGGUUCGGCUGGGCUUGGUGGCUGCCAAAUGUACCAUAGAAACGAAAUGUUCGAAAGAGUGACAGCAGAAGUGAGUAAUUGAGGUGAAGAUAGUGGAUACGUGAAAGAAAACAGUUUGAGAACCAAAGAUUUGAAUCCGGAAAAUUUACCAAUCGGAUCCCAACAAUUCAACGAUAAGUGUUAGAAGAAACCCUACAAUAUACUACAAGUGCAAUAUCUAUACGAUCUCUACCGAAUAUCACCAAUUAUACUCUAAGCAGUGUUACUACGUUAGUGUAUAUUUCUAAGUGUUACCCCGAUUAGUGCAAGUUAAGUCAAAAUGAUCGAUAACAGUUACUCGUACGUUACGCGGGAUAACCUGCGAUAUACGGAUCUCAACGAUGGGCGUUCGUACGCUCAGAUGAGCACCCUGUCGUCACCGCCAUCGAUGGGUAACCGACUCGGUGAAUACGACACCUCGGCGUCACACCUGACGAACCAUCGACCUUACGAACCGGCUCCGCAGACAGCUUUCGAACGAUACGACACUAGCUAUCCACCGCAGCGAAGCAAUCUCUAUUCCUCGUACGGAUACUCACAGUCCAUCCUCGAUGAAGAACAGAAAUACAUUUCGGCAGAGCCUCCAGCACCUCCGGAAAUUCAACCCAGUCAACACCACUUGGGCUUAUCCACUGGUCCAACGGAUCGGCACCAUCCCAUGAUGAAAGUCGAAAUGGAUGAAAGUGCCGGUCCGAUCUACCCCAGACCCAUGUACCACUACGAUCCCACAUGUGGUACCAUGCCUCCGGGAUUCUCGGCAAUCAACUUGAGCGUGAAGGAAGUGAGCCCUCCCAUUCCCUACAAAAACAGUGGUACUCCUUCCCCUAAUCCAGGCAGUCGGAAACCGGACGAUCAGCGAACGAAUAAGAUCUCUUCGACAAGUCCCGAACCUGGUGCCAGCCCACAGCAACGCAGCAGUCCACAAGCUACCCUAGAUCUCAGUUCAAACAAUAGCGGUGGAACGAGUCCUCAUUUUGCAAGAAACUCCACCACCGGAACAACGAACGUAAGCAACCCCACCACGAACCCAGCCACUGUGAACAACAACAAUACCAAUCCCAAUAACAACAACAACAACAACAACAACAAUAAUCCAGUGUAUACGAACGAGGUCCCGGAGUCGCGCAGUACUACGGACGUCAACCAGACCGAAUUUAGCGGCAGCAGCGAUCGUCCGCUGGGGAUUGGCUUCGCUCGGCCACAGCCCCCGUCGGCUUCGUACAGCCGCGAGUCCACUCCGGACAGUGGGGGUUCGUACUAUGCGGACACCUACCGCGACACCAGUGGCGAGUGCAACGUUCCCCCAUCGUCGUCGGCGACGGCAACCGAUCGUGGCCAGAGCUUCUUCACGAGCGAAAACCUUUCUCCGUACUCGGCUGGAUACAGUCCGCACACUAGCUACGGGAUGGUGGUUCAGCCGGACUAUACCAACGGCUAUCCGGGCUAUGCGCCGAAUGCGUACCAGUACAGUGGACCGUAUGCCAGUUCGCUGGGAUCGGGAGUUUACCCACCGACCGUUCCCUCCGGAUAUCCGCCGAGUUCAAGUUCCAGCUUCGUAACGCCACCCGCACUGGGGCAGCACAUUUCGCCGCACGAUAAUCUGCUGAAGGCCGGCCUUCCAUUCUGCAGUCUUACCGGAUACCAACGCCUGGAACGACCGCAGUUCCCAUCGCAAUCGCAAGAACUGAAAUGUCCAACCCCCGGAUGCGACGGAUCCGGUCAUGCCACCGGCAACUACAGCUCCCACCGGAGUCUCUCCGGGUGCCCCCGGGCGUCGAAACCGAAGAGCAAACCCCGCGACGGCCAGGAAUCCGAACCUCUAAGCAGAUGCCCUAUUCCGGGUUGCGAUGGAUCCGGUCACUCCACGGGCAAGUUCCUGUCACACCGAAGUGCGUCCGGCUGUCCGAUAGCGUUGCGCAACAAGAUGCAUAUCCUGGAGAGUGGCGGUACCAUCGAGCAAGCGAAGGCAGCGAUGGCCCAAGCCGCAGCCGGUAAGUUCGAACCGUUCCAGUGUCAGACACCGGGUUGCGAUGGAAACGGGCAUAUCGAUGGUACCUUCAGUACCCAUCGCACGACGGCCAGUUGCCCGACGGCUCAAGCUGCCGCCGGCCAGCAGGCGAACAAGAAGCCACGCUACAGCGACGAGGUCCUCAUGAACUCGACCUCGGCGGCAGCCAAAUCAUUCAACGACCUGGCAACGAACUAUAAUCCGACAAAGAAUGGCCUGCUUGGCACUAGCGGAGGAUCGGCCAUCGCAACGGGACCGUCUCUUGGGGGUGUCCUCGGCAGUGGCACCACUUCGGAUGACCAUCGCGCGAAGAACAGUCACCCGUCGGAUCCGGGAUCGGUUCCGGUUGCCGUAGGAGGAACUCCGGCACAGUCCCAGUCGCAAACCAAUGUUGGAUCCGGCGGCAACGAAGACAUUCUCACUUUGGACGAGGAGAUUUGCGAGCUUAAGCGAGAGAAUGCCCGCGUCGAGCUGCAGAUGCUGCGACUCAAAUCGAACAUCAACGCGAUGGAAUCGCAGCUGAACAACAACGAGCCGAAGCUCCUCGAGAUCGGGACUCGGGGGAUCACAUGAAAUUUCCUGACCUGUUAGAGCUUUUUAGUUUCCGCAUGAGUGGGAUUUACGGAUGUGUGGGAUUCCGUGAGUGAGUGAUGUGAACGAACCGGAAAACAAAAACUAGCACUGUAUACUAACGGAGUGAUAACCGAAAACGAACGAUUGACGAGUAUUUAGUGAAAGGACAAAGGAAAGUUCGGUGGACGAAGUUAUAACGAUUAAAUCUAAAACCAAAACAAAAACACACACACACACAGAAACAAUGAAAAGAAGUGAACCUAGUCGAAAUGUGCUAUACGACUCAUUUUAAUUAUUAAUAUUUGAAGAUGAAACAGGCAGAACGAUGGCGAAGAAGAAGAAGAAGAAGAAACCACAAAUUACCGAAGAAUAAUGGGGAUGGUACUAUUUUAAAAACGAAACUCGUACAUUCAAAAAUAGCAAGCUGUAAGGAGAGCGUGAAGAGUUAACUCACACUGAAAGAAA